AUGGUGCGAAGAUUGAUCAAUUUCCCUACAUCACCAGAUGAAAUCAGACGUAACCAGGAACGAUUUUUUCAGAUAGCAGGAUUCCCUGGGAUUGUUGGUGCCAUCGAUGGCACCCAUGUUCAAAUAAUUGCACCUAGACAAAAUGAGAAUGAUUUUUUCAACAGACAUCAUUACCACAGUUUAAAUGUGCAAGUUGUGUUUCAUUCCCAAUGUAAACUCAUUGACAUUGUUGCAAAAUGGCCCGGUUCGACCCAUGAUACUCGCAUCCUAAAUGAGAGUGGGCUUCGAGUCCUGUUUGAAAAUGGUCACAUUCCUCUUCAAACGCAUUUGUUGGGUGACAGUGGCUACCCAUCUCGUAGAUGGCUACUUACACCAUUCAGAAUUCCUCAGCCUGUGCACACAAAAGGACUAGGAGCACUGUUGAAACGCCGCUUUUACGUUCUGCAUGGGGAGAUAAGAAUGUCGCCUCAGAAGGCAUGUCAAGUUGUGAUGGCAUGCGCAGUCCUCCAUAAUAUUUGUAAAGAUCGACAAAUUCCAAUUACUGAUGAUGAUGACAACAAUGAUACCAGUGAUGAUGAAGAUAGUGGAGAUGAUACUGCUCAGGGUCAUCAUGUGCAAGCAAGAAAUGAUGGUGCUGCUAGAGGCAACAACAUUAAUGGCAUAUUGUACAGGCAGCAGUUUGCUGCAACUCACUUCUGA